UCACAAACGCACUCGCAACCGCAACCGACGAUAACGCCGCGUGAAGUGGGCUGCUUUGGAAAUUUUACGAUUCAUUGUUGCUUGGACGUGGCAGCCAUGACGUGAUUUCUGACUUUGACUAAGAAAAUUUUUUGUUAAAAUUACAUUUGUAAAUUAUAGAAAAUUAACUUAAGGGGAAUACGUGCAUUAUUAAGCCAGCAACAAGAGCUCAAUUAAGUGUAAAAUAUAAUGUGUGUGAAAACUAUUGAAAUUUAUAAAAAGUUAUUGUUGUAGAGUGAAACUAAAAGCAAAUGCGUAAUAUAAAUUAAAAGCAACAAAUCAGAAAUUGAGGAGAGCACAACUACAAUACAACAACCACCAGCAACAACUAUAAAAAACAACGCAUCAAUUAUUUAUCAAGCUGCAGCAACAAAAACUAAGUAUGCAAAAAUACUUGUAAAUUGUAAAAGUGAUUCUGACUUAAAUUGGACACUAUUUUUAUAGAACAACCAUCAGCCAGCGGUAGCAACAAUAUUAACAACAAUAAAGUCAUCGUCCGAUUGAGUAGCACCAGAAAACCCCCGCACUUGCUAUCGAUUGCGCGUCAAACCGAUAUAUACACAGUUUUCAACACUGUUCGGCCGAACAGCGAGCACAGCUGAUUGUGCCUGGUUGGCUGUUGUGUUUUUUGGGUGAGCGCGGGGCACUGAAAGGUUUUCUGCGUGCCGAGCGACCGAGAAAUAACAGUAUAACAACAGCAUCAGCUACUACUGUGUGUGACGUGGUGGAAAUACAACAACAAGACACACACGACCACAUCGUGCAGGUGGCAGUUUAGAACAGCUGUUUCAACACAUCAAAACUAAAAAAAGCCACUGAAAUCUACAAAACGCUGUCGACUGUUAAAUGUAAAUACAUUCACAUAAACAUACCUAUUCUUUUCCAACAGUGGUGAGAUAAUUACACACUCGUAUACAUUCAACAAAAAUAACAACAAGAACCAAAAACUAAAACAACAAUCAGUUGCCAUUGGCCCCCAGGCUUCUACGUCACAUUCGAGAUCAGGAGUGGUGCCAGCAGCGACGCAUUCAACAUUAUCUUGCAACAGCUCUAAUCAAAGCGUGUUCGGCAACAAAGAACACAACUACAACAACUUCCAGUUACCGUUGCUUCCAUCAUAAGCUUCUUCCGCGCAAAAAAACAAAAAAAACCCUUUAAUUUAUUGUUCAACACUGGCGCGCUAGCCAAAAACUAACAUUUGCCAUUUGCCACGCAAACGUCACAGCGACUAAGCAGCUAACUUAACAGCAAAUACAACGCGUAGUUCAAGUAAUUAACGAAAACAAAAUACAAAAAAAAAAAUCAAAUUAUCAUUGUGAUCAUCAUCAUCAUCAACAAAAACUUUUGAGGGGGGCGGACACGUUAUGAGCAAUUCGAUUGCAUCAACAAAAUGCCUGCCCAAUGUCUCGCUCUCGUCCGGAAAUUAUGGUAUGUCACAAAGCCACCGUUACACCGAUGAUAGAAAGGAGUACAUAUUCCUUAAGCUUACCGACUCUGCCUUCCGUGCCAUCGAGGAAUAUCAAAGAAACGAGAAUGCCAAACGCCUGGCGCCCGGUCAGUGCGCAAAAAUCCAAUGCAAUGGCAACACUGGCGUCAUACACUUCCCGCUGCCAAGCAGCGAUAACAAUUCUGUUAAUAACGGCAGCGGCAGCGGGAUGGAAAGCGGACGUAAAUUUGGCUUCACCAUUGACGAACUGGAGGGCACAUUGGAGUGCAUACAGCAGCAGCAUCAGGAACUUGAUGUCCUUGGUGCACUGGCGCGACGAAUGCGAAUUCAUGCCAACGAUGAUGUCUACGAUACGACGCGAACCAAAAUGGCUCGGGCCGAGGAGACGGAGAAAAGUAAAUGUAUACGCGAGAUCAAGCCAAAUCAAUCGGAUAUUGGGCGUAAGGUGAAGAAGCCGGCCUCGGCAUCAUCACAUCACAGUGGGAACAACAACAACAACAGCAACAAUAGCAACAGCAACAGCAGCAAUAGUUUUAACAGUAACAAUAGUCGUAAGUUAGUUUCAUCGCCAUUUAAUGGCCUGACGUCAUCAUCAGUUGCAGCAGCAACAGCAAUCACAGUCGCCUCACGCUCGCCCAAUCCCAACACGUUGGGUGCCAGCGGCACAGUCAAUGGCAGCCGCAGCACAGCCCUGGCCAACACAUUCGCCAACGGUAUCUCACAGGGCUAUGCGCUAAGCGGCAGCUCGCCCCGAGAGAACAGCACAACAGCAACUAUUGCGGGCACAGCAGCAGCAGCAGUUGGAUCAUUCAACAGCAGCAGCAGCAACAGUAACAGUAACAGCAACAGCAACAGCAAUGGACGCAAUAAAAUGCUCAACGGCAGCGGCAACAACUCGCGCAGUGGCAAUGCCAAAUCGGGUGGUGCAGGCGGCGGCGGCGGAGGUGGGGCAGGUGGAGGUAAUGGCAACAAAAUGUCUGAUGUAUCGCGGCGCAGCAUUCGCGAGCGUUUAAUACAUUUGCUGGCAUUGAAGCCCUUCAAGAAGCCGGAGCUGUAUGCGCGCCUCAAGAACGAGGGCAUCAAGGAUCGGGAGCGCAAUCUAAUUGGCAAUAUACUCACGGAUAUAAGCACCAUGUCUCAUAAUACGUUCAAUUUGCGCCGCCAGAUAUGGAACGAUGUCGACGAGAAUUGGCCGUUCUUCAGCGAACAGGAGCUGCAGCAGCUAAAGCGUCGCAAGCCGCAGAAUCUGACGCCGCCCAUGAGCUCCGAUGCGGGCAGCUCGACCUCCGGACAGAGUCCAACGUCCACCCAUACGGGCAGCCCGCCGCCGUUGCUGCUGAUGCCACCAAAUGUGGGCCAGCAAUCGUUGGGCAACCACAACGGCGGGCCCGGCAAUGGCGGCAACAGCCUGAAGCGGAGCAGCAUCGAGUACGAUGAAAUGUUCAGCACGGUUCAUCCGAAGAAGCAGCGCAUCAGUCAUUACAACAGGGAAUCGGGCGGCAGCAGCGGUCCACAGUUUACAGCCGCCCCCGCUGGCUGCCCCGUGGCCAACUCUGGUACGUCCUACCGCAGUCGAAGUGCUGCCUAUACACCGCCGCAGCGGCAGCACCCGCAGCUGGAUGAGCAGAGCAGCAACGACUUGACCUACAGUGUGCUGGACAACAUGGACGAGUUCAGGAGCAUGACAGCAGCAGCGGCUGUUGGUGAACAACAACAGCAACAACAGCAGCAGCAGCAGCAGCGCAGCAGCAGCAGCAGCAACAGUCGACGUGGCAGCGGCGGCUCCUCGAAGCAGAGCAGCAGCAGCAAUGGCAACGGCAACGCGGACAAACGCAACUCGACGGGCAGCAACUCGAGCAGUUCCAGUGGCUAUGAGACCCAGCUGGAGCGCAACAGUCGCCAGUCGGCGGCGCAGUCGACGGCGGCGGCGGCUGCGGCGGCACACAGUCGAAAAUCCUCAACAACGCCGCCCAAAUUAGCUGCCAGCUUUGUGCCAGCAACAACAACAGCAGCAGCAGCCGCAGCCACGCAGCAACUUCAGCAACAACAACAAGCGCACGAUGAGUACAAUUCAUACAACAACAACACGCAUGCCGCGUCCAAUAGCAAAAAGCGCACGAGUAGCAGCAACAGCAACGGACAACGUCAGCGCAGCAACAACAACAGCAACAACAACAACCACGUCUAUCAACAGCAGCAGCAGCAACAGUUGCAGGCACCAGUGCAGCAGCAGCAGCAGCACCAACAACCACAACAGCAGCAGCAGCAACAACAGCAGCAGCAGCAACAACAGCAGCAGCAGCAGCAGCAACAACCUUAUCAUAAUCGCGAGUCGACAAGCAAAAGCGCAACUGGAAGCGGCGGCAAUCAGACGACGACGGCCAAACAUCCGUCGCCUACACAGCAGCUGGCAGCGGCUGCCCAUGCGUACGCGGCGGCGACAGCGGAUGCGGAUGCGAAUGCCACGCCCCGUUAUGACUUCAGCCAAUAUGCGCCCAUACGCACGCUGGAGGUGCGCAGGCGCUACAAGACUGAAUUCGAGAGCGACUACGACGAGUAUCGCAAAUUGCUGACCAGCGUCGAGGAUGUGCGCAACCGGUUCCAGGAUCUCUCCAAGCGUCUGGAGGGCGCCAGGCGACGCGGCGGCGGCGACUACGAUCAAAUCAAGCGGCAAAUUGUCAGCGAAUACGAGCGCAUCAACAGCGAUCGCAGCAUACACAAGGACAAGCUGAGAUUUGAUUACUUGCACGCCAAGCUGGCCCACAUCAAGCAGCUGGUAAUGGACUAUGACAAGACUUUGAUGAGUGCCACAGCAGCAACAUCAGCAAUGCCCGAGGCAACAGCAGCCGCAGCGGCAGCAGCAGCCCAAGCAGCGGCGGCGGCAGCAGCAGCUGAAGCCCAAGCAGCGGCGGCGGCAGCAGCGGCACGUUUGGCGGAAAGCAGCAACUGCAACAGCAACAUGCAACAGCAGCAGCAGCAGCAGCAACAUCAUGCAGUGGAAACGAUACAGCAACAGCAACAUUUCAUCAACAACAACAACAGCAUCAACAUCAGCAACAACCACGAGAGCGACUCGGAUGACAGUUCCGGCAGCUCCGAUUCCAAUGAUGAUGAUGAUGACGAUGAAGAUUGCGAUGAUUCCAACUCCAACACUGACGAUGACGAACCCUACUGAGAAUAAAUGAAUCAAACAAAGCUACUUCUUGAUAAAACGAUAAACGAAACAACAACAAAACAAACAACAAAACAAACAACAAAUAAACAAGCGGCGGCUGCAGUUGCAGUUGCAACCAAUGUAAAAAGGCAAAAAAAGAAACUAUUAUACAUAAAUAUAUAUUAUUAUAUAAAUAUAUAUAUAUUACACACCUAAUAUAGUAAAAAGCAACACCAACAACAACAACAAAAACAACAAAAAACAAAGCGUUCUAAAAAAACACUUGUACUAAGAUGAAAGUAAAAACAAAACAACAAAAAAAUGUUAAAGUUAUGUUAACAAUUAAACACAAAACAAACGAAAGGAAGGAAGAAAAACUAUUUGCAAAAAGCGGCGUAAAAAGCAAAAUAAAAGCACGCAUAUAUUUUAUAAAAAGAAAAAUAGAAAAAAUCACAAAAAAUCAAUAUUUUUUGUACACUUGAAAACUGAGUAAAAGGAAAAUGUCAAGUUUUAUAUUUGUUUUUUAUGCGUAUUUUUUUUUUCCAUUUUUAACGUUUCGUGUGUAAUAAUAAUUAAAAUAUUAUCAAGCAACUUUUUAAAUAUAUACUUUUAUAUAUAUACAUAUAGAGAGCGUAUGUUUCUUCAUUUGAAAGCACUCGAGAAAAACUCUUUUUCUAUUUAAAUUGUUUCCUUUUUUUUGUUUAACAACAAUCAUUUGUUACAAACACACGCAUUCUCUCAUUAUUAUAAUUAUUAUUUCUUGUUUUUCUUUUUUUUUUGUCGUUUUUAUAUAUAUAUACUGCUUGAGUAUAUAAUUUCCUACGACCCAUCCCAUAUCCCAUAUUCCCCAUGCACUCUGAUAUAUAUUAUACCGGGAACAACAAUAAUAACAUAUGAUUUUAUGCACGCACAGUGUGCCAAGAACAAUUUGUUUUUGUGUUGCGCCUGUGCAGCUCUGGCAAUACAUAUACACACACACACACACACACAGAUUCACACACACACACACACAUCUUUAUAUAUAUAUAUAUUCUUGUUGUGGUGUUGCAUGCGGGCGUGCCUCUUUAACAAUAGACUGAACUUUUAAACGGCUUGUUAAUUUUUGCCUAAUUGUAGCAGCUUGUGUAGAAAAAUUUCAUUUAAUUUUUAGUUUCUUUUUGUAAAUUGUUUAAAUAUUUAAUUUUUUGUUAUAUAAUAUACUUCUUUCUCUCUUUUUUUUUUUUUGUGUGUACACGAAAUAUAAAUUUGUUUUAGAGCGCAUUUUGUUUUCUUCUAAUUGGCCAAAACAUGUUUCGAAGCAAUCAAACAAUUUAUUAUUUCGUUUGCCCCAUUUAAGACAAGGUUUUGCUCAAAAACAUAAAACUAUUAAAACGACAAAGGAGUUCAUAAAUUUACUAAGCAAAUGAGUUAUAGACAUGAUUGUGCGGUUGUAUCAGAGCCCCAGAAAAAAAAAGAAGAAGAUGUUUCUAGUUUUUUGGAACAACUUUAAAGCACGUUACAGACGCUUCCUUACAAAUAUUUACGCAUAGGGAAUCAAAAUAUCAAGUCAAAUAUUUUGCUUGAGAAAUUAUUCAAUAAUUUGCUGAAACACCUUAGUGUCCAAAAACAAAAAAAAAAGCAAAUAAAAAAUUAAAUAAAAGAUUAAAACACACACAAACAAAAUUGUAAGUAAAAGAAAGAACCGACAAAUCCUUUUGUUAGCUAUUUCGUUGCAAUAUUUUUUAUAUACCAUAUUUAAGUGUAGUAGGAACAAAACAAAAGAAAAGAAAACAAAACAAACGAAACGAAAAGGGAAAAUCAAAUGAAACAAUGAGAUCAAGUUGCAAAAAAUCAAGCGUUUAAAAUCGAUUUGUAGCAAUUACAAAACAACAAACAAAUGAUAUAUACAAUUUAUAUACAACAAAAAACUAUAUAUAUAUAUAUAUACCUAUAUACAACAAUGACAUUUGAUAAGUGAGAAUGAGACGGGGGGGAAAAUCUUACUAGUUUUAUAUUCAUAAAUGCCACGCCCACACACCACAGACAAAGCACACUCACAUACACCCACACACAACCACACACACACACAUAAACUAAUCUACUGCAAUUUGAAAGAAGAAGAAAACUUAUUAUUGAUAAACAAAAAACAAAAACAACAAAAAAAAAAGAA